AUGGCGGCCGCUGUCGCAUCCCCGAUGACCUGCACCGGCAGCAAGGCCUCUUCGGCCUUCAGCGGCAAGCAGCUGCGCGUCAGCUCGGCGGUGCGCCCCAAGGCCGUGCGCCGCGCCGUGGUGGCCGCCGCUGCCGACCGCGACCUCUGGUUCCCCGGCAACACUGCCGUGGUGCCCGACUACCUGGACGGCAGCCUGGUUGGCGACAACGGCUUCGACCCCCUGGGCCUGGGCAGCUCCCCCGAGCAGCUGUCCUGGAACGUGCACGCCGAGGUCUUCCACGGCCGCCUGGCCAUGACUGGCUGCGCCGGCAUCCUGCUGACCUCGCUGCUGCACGCGGGCGGCGCCGACGUGCCCGAGUGGUAUGAGGCGGGCAAGGUGUACAUGGAGAAGAACCCCAACGUCUCCUUUGGCGCCCUGGUCUACUCCACCAUCGUGCUCAGCGGCUUUGCCGAGUUCAAGCGGCUGAACGACAUCCGCAACCCCGGCAGCCAGGGCUCCGGCAUCCUGCCCGAGGACUUCAAGGGCGUGGGCGGGCCCCAGGGCCGCACCGUGGGCGGCCCCUAUGUGGGCGGCCGCUUCUUCGACCCCAUGGGCCUCUGCCGCGGCUCCCCCGAGCAGACGCUCAAGUACAAGUGGAACGAGAUCCGCAACGGCCGCCUUGCCAUGAUCGGCUUCCUUGGCUUCGCCGCCCAGUACUGCGCCACCGGCAAGGGCCCCAUUGACAACCUCAUUGACCACGUUUCGGACCCUACCCACGUCAACUUCAUCAGCAACGGCGUGAGCGUGCCCUUCAUCUCCCUCUAG